AUGCAUCGCAAGGACGUCCGAAGUUCCCAGUGGGGGCAGCUGGCCUUGACCCGUGGCGAGGGUUGCGGGGUGCCAGGCCCCCUACCCCUGCAGGCCUGCGGGGGUCUCCGGUCCCCCCAGGCCCUCGCCCCCUCCUCACCUACCUGGGGUCGCGGGGGCAACCGGCCACACCGCUCGCGUCCUCGGGGCGGAGGUUGGUGGCCGGACGGCCUGGUGGCGCCCGCCUGUAGCCCCAGGCGCACGGCCGCCGCCCGCCCCUUCCGCGUCCGGCGAGGAGGGAGGAACCGGGUGAGAUCACGCUUUCCCGGCGGGACCGGGAAAGUCCCUGAGGCGCCCCAGCGAAGUUCUCUGCCCCGCCGGCUGCCACGUAGACCGCGUUUGGGGACCUCUGGGGGGCCCGGGCGCGGGAGACCACCACGGGGCUCCACAGGGACAAAAACCCUGUCCGCGGGGACCCACAGUCUAGUGAGAAAGAACAAUGUAGUGCAUCUCAAUGGGUAA